GAUUUCACUGACGCGUUCCGUUCGGAACAAUAAAUAGAGGGAACAAGGCUCCUUCCACUUCACAAGUCUGAGAAGACGCAUGAAGAAGUUCUUGCUUCAACAGUGAUUGAACGGAACUACUCUGCCUUCGUCCCGCACUAUAGAACAUUCCGGAUUGAUAACAUAACACUUACUUGAACUACAAUAGUAAAAUAGUCUGAGAAACCCUAUUUUUGUACCUUUCAUUUCAAUAUGAAAGCAUCUGCCAAGAUGGAGUCUCAGAUCCGCCAGAACUAUCACCACGAUUGCGAAGCUGCCAUCAACCGGAUGAUCAACAUGGAGAUGUUUGCCUCCUACACCUACACUUCAAUGGCUUUCUAUUUCUCCCGUGACGAUGUGGCUCUGCCUGGCUUCGCGCAUUUCUUCAAGGAGAACAGCGACGAGGAGCGGGAGCACGCCGACAAGCUACUCUCCUUCCAGAACAAGAGAGGUGGGCGCAUUUUGCUCCAGGACAUCAGGACCCCUGAGCUCGAAAGAUUGUGAGCCCUGAAGAUUGCCUCUGACAAGGUUGACCCCCAUCUGUGUGACUUCCUGGAGACCCAUUACCUGAACGAGCAGGUGGAGGCCAUUAAGAAGCUGGGUGACCACAUCACCAACCUCACCAAGAUGGAUGCUGUCAAAAACAAGAUGGCAGAGUACCUGUUUGACAAGCACACCCUGGGAGGCCAGAGCUAAACCACUUCCAUCCCCAGGGUACGGCAUCCAGCCUCAGACCAGGACUCCUGGCUUCUCUGAUAGAUCCUACUGGCUUUGUGUUUAGAGGGAGGGGAGAGUGUUAAACUGGUGCAGUGCAACACAGCUGUAACAUUGAGUUGUUUUUGUUGACAACACUAUUGUAUUGGAGGCAAGGCGUCUUGUAAAACAAUAAAAAGAAAAAGCAUUGACUUGUAA